AUGACCACUAGGUUCUACAGUGCUUCUCUGAGACACCAAGGCAUCAACGGAGCCAGGAGAUUCGCAAGUUCACAGGCUACGGAGUGGCCAGCGCGACAGCAGCAACAGGCCUCCGCCUUGAGCACAGCUCCGAAGGAACUUCCGGACCUGCGGAAGUUGCCCGCCCUCGUUUUGAAGAGCAAGGAACGGUUCUUGUCCACGGACGGCAUCCCGACACCCCAGCUCGUGCUUGCGGCAUUGAGGACCUGCCAGACGGCGGCGAAUGCGAUACACCCACACCUCUCACAGACUGCGCCAAGAUCCAGUACAACGACUUCCACCGCGUCGAGCCUCUUGUCGCUCGACUCGGACGGUGGUGCCUCAAGCACUUUGUCUGGCGGCUCAAGCAGCCUGCAGCAGGGCUCAAACGCCCCAGCGCUCCUGAGGGAGGCUGUCAACAGUGUUUCCGAAUCAGCCUACGCCAUCGUCGCCCACCCCCCAGUUUCCAUCACGCCUGAGAUCCUUGACCUCUACGUGCACGUCCAGGCCAGACUUGGCAGGCCCGAGACACUGCCCCACGUAUUCGAGCUGUAUGCGUCCAAGCCCAAACCUGAAGUUGUUGCUGGCGCCAUCAAAUACGUUGAGCAAAACCCCAAACGGGCAGACAAGGCGAUCGAAGCGACUACGGCCGAAACCGGGUUGGGGGUUGCUAUUGAGGCCAAGAACCUCGAUGCCGCGCUAGGCGUGAUUGAAUGCUGCUACACCAGCCACGCUUUCAGACGACAGAAGCUCCUGAAGAAGGCGUUUCUCCCCGCGGCAGUCAUGGGCGCGGCCCCAUUUGCCGCCUACGCACUGGCUUCCGUCAUGUCCAACUUCCAGAACACGGUCGAGGCGUCGACGGCCACGACGCUAGGAUUUGCGGCCAUCAUGGCGUACCUCAGCUUCACAUCCACGAUCGGCGUGGUGGCCAAAAUCACGUCCAACGACCACAUGAAACGCGUCACCUGGGCGCCUGGUAUCCCGCUGCAUGAGCGGUGGAUGCGUGAGGAGGAGAGGGCGGGCCUGGACGCUGUGGCUUGCGCGUGGGGUUUUAGGGAGAAGUGGCGGCAUGGAGAAGAGGGUGGAGUAGAGUGGGAAUCUAUGCGCGAGUACCUGGGACUCAAGGGCAUGAUCCUCGACCGGGUCGAGUUCAUGGAGGGCAUGCAGUGA